AUGGCAUCACUUUUUGAUUCGAACCUUUUUGGAGCUCUACAUCACCCAGACUACUGGAAUUGCAACCCAAAUUCAUGGGGGAGUUUGAGUGAUUGGGAUAUAUACUAUAUCAAUCAUACAUCUGGUAGCACAAAAAUGAAAGCACAUUGGUCACUUGGAUUGGAACUUAAAGUUCUUCUAAAAAGGCUUUCAAAAACAAGCCAUGGUUAUUAUAAGGUAAUUGAAUUACAAAAGUUAUUGAAGGAUUGUCAUAACAAUCCAGUGAAUAUUGAAUUGUGGCAAGAACACUCUACAAAAUUAGGAAGGCUAGCUGUUGAAAAUCGAAUAAACAAUCAUGAGAUCCUAACUGUUGGAAUACAUGCUGCAACUAUUGCAGUGGCAACUGAGUUUCCCAAAGAAAAAACCAAGGAAGAAAAAAUACAAGAGAAGUUCUGGACAGUAGACGAUUUUGAUGAUAACAAGGAGAAUGGCUAUGAGCCAGGUGACAUUGAUAUUGAAAGCUGGUAUGAACUUGACAAACAUCAGGACAAAGAUGUUGAUGUUAAUCAGGAAAUUAUGAGAAAAGACCAAGCUGGCAAAGUAAAUGAUGAUACUGAUGAAAAGAUUGUCACUACAUCAAACACAUCCUUAUGUAAUCCAACUGAUGAUGAUGAAUUCACUAUGCAAGACAAGGAAUUGUUUAUGCAACGAUUUGAGACCAUGAAAAAUGAGAAAAAAUGGAAGCUCAAGACAGGGAUAUAUGUGGAAGAUAUCUUGUAUGAUUUGGGAAAGAAAUCUAAAUUUCACAACCUCAUCCAUUCCUUUAUUGUUGAUCCUGAGGACAAAUUUCUGCAAUCAGGAUUUACCACUGAUGAACUUACAGAGAUCUGUGAAACAAUGACCAUGCAAGAAGCACCUCAAAUAAAAGAUGAACUAUUGGAAUAUAUUGAUACCUUUGCAAAGACCUCCACGAAAGACAUACGUGAAGCACUAUAUGCUUCUCACCCCAGACUUUGUCGUGAUUAUAAUCCUCUCGUCGAUUUCGCUUAUGAACAUGUGAGGACAACAGUUACUGAUUGGGUCCGUUUGUUAGAAAUGCACCCAAACCCGCUUACACAACAAGAUUUACCAGAAAGUUGGUUUCGGAUUAAUGUCUGGAGAACCGUCGACAUUGCUUUCUCAGAUACGCCUUUUGUAUUUUUCGUUGGAGGAGAAAAAGCAGGAUUGGCAAGCACAGAAAGGAAAAACCGUGGUAGAACUUUGAAUAAUAUACAUCAAAUGCAACGAAAGAAGAUUGGAAAGAAAGGCGAUGGUUACGUACGAACAUUUGGCUCGAGGCCAAUCGAAUGGGCGGCAUCUGAGGCUGGGUCUAAAUGGGAGGGUGAGCAAGGCACAAAACUCAUAAAGGAACGUGGUUUGAGUUUGCCAAAAACUUUGAAAGACAUCUUUAUAUCUCUUGCACGUAAGGUUAACUUUUCUGAAGAGAAGAUACGCAAGAUUAAUGUUCCAGGAUUUGUUCAUUCAGGUUUGCAUUGUAUAAAUUGUACUUUCUGA